AUGGCGGCGCUGCGCGCUUUGCGCUCGGCAUUCAGGUUGCCCCCCCCUCCCACCCCAACGCAGCACAUCCUGCGCACCUCCUCUCCCCCGCCUGCGCGCCUCCGCCACCACCCCCUCCCUCGCUUCCGCCGCAUCUACCCCUUCCCCCUCCACCCGCCGGCGCGCCUCGCUCGGCCGGCAGGUGCUGCUGCUGCCAAGCGCCGCCGGGCCCUUCCUCCGAGCGCUGCUGCGUGCGGUCUUGCUGCCUGCUGCGCCCACCGCUACCCAAAGGUUCGCAAGGCGGCGGCGGACGCGCUCUACGUGCACUUCCUGACCUACGGCGACCCGCUCGAGGGCGGCGAGGUUGCCGAGGGUGGCGGCGGGGGUGGUGGGGUCGGGGGCGACGGCGGCGGGAACGGUGGGGGCGAGGCGAGGCUGGUCGAGGUUGAGCGUCUGCUGACGGAGACGGCGUGGCUCGCCGACCUCGAGGCGGCGGUGAGGCCGGCGCAGGCGCGGCUUCUGCUGCUCUUCGGCCUCGACCCGCCGCGGGCCGGCGAGCGGCAGCCGGGGGAGAGGGCGGCGCGGGCGGCGCCGGAGCCCGAGGAGGAGGACUCGUACGCGGCGCUGGUCAAGGAGCUGGGCUACUGA